UACAGUGAUGGGUGUGUUAACCGUUAUGCUUGUUUGUCUUGUUCUUUUCUAGAGAAGGAGAAACAAGCCAUCCCUGGAACUAUCAAUGAGUUCCAAUAGCGGCCUCAAGAUCUUUUCAAACAUGCAAAUAAAGAAGGCAACGAAGAAUUUCUCCGAAAAACUUGGAGAAGGGGGUUUCGGCUGUGUUUACAAGGGGGAAUUGGCAGGUUUCUCUCUAGUGGCAGUCAAAAAUCUAAAAAGCAUCGGACAAGGGGAAAAGGAAUUCCGAGCAGAAGUACAGACAAUUGGCAUAAUUCACCACAUCAAUAUUGUCCGGUUAUUUGGUUUUUGUGCGGAAGGGCUGAAAAGGGUUCUGGUAUAUGAGUACAUGGAGAAUGGUUCUUUGAGUUCUCAUCUGUUUUUAAAGAGUUCGGCCGUAUUAACCUGGGAUCUCCGGUACCAUAUUGCACUUGGAACUGCAAGAGGCUUGGCUUAUCUCCAUGAGGAAUGUAAAGAAUGCAUUAUACAUUGUGACAUGAAGCCAGACAAUGUACUUCUUGAUGCAGAGUUCUGCCCCAAGAUUGCGGACUUCGGCAUGGCCAAGCUUCUAGGUCGAGAUUUCAGCAGGGCUUUGACAACAAUGCGAGGGACCAUUGGAUAUCUUGCACCGGAGUGGAUAUCGGGGUUACCGAUCACACAUAAGACCGAUGUUUACAGCUAUGGCAUGAUGCUUCUUGAAAUCAUAUCUGGUCGAAGGAACUCAGAGAAAAUUAAGGAAGGAAAGUUCACAUACUUUCCCAUCUUUGCGGCAAUCAAGGUGAAUGAGGGAGAUGCUAUGUGUCUGCUGGACAGUAGGUUGGAAGGCCAGGCAGAUGGAGAGCAGCUGAGCAGAGCUUGCAGAACUGCAUGCUGGUGCAUUCAAGAUGCUGAGGAUGACAGGCCGAUGAUGGGACAAGUUGUUCACAUGCUGGAGAAUGUCAUGGAUGUCGAAAUCCCACCUACUCCAAGGUCACUUGAACACUAUGUUGGCAUGGAGGAUUGCUCAUACUCUGCGGAACCAGAUAACUUGUUCUAAAUUCUACAUGUUUGUUGGAUAGGCCGGCCUUAGUUAUAAUGCCCAUUAGUCUAUGUUUCUGUUUAUU